GCAUAGAAGAAAAAAUUGGGAAGACGAAAGCGUAUGUUUGGUUUUACUCGAUAAGUUUUUGGGUUGUGGAAGAGAAAAAGCAACAAUGGAAAAUAUGCAAGCAGUGAAUAACUUCGUAGCGGCUUAUUUGAAGAAGAAAGGAUUCAAAGAAGCGGAGCAAUUGUUAGAGGAUCUUCAGAACAAGGACUCCGCUCCUAUCAAUUUCCACGACGACCCUGAACUCGCUAAGUUCAUUCACCGCUUCUCCCAGUCGGAGGAUGAUGUGGCACGUUAUCAGGAUGGGUAUAGUAAACUGAGGUCAUGGACUUAUAGUUCGCUAGAUUUAUAUAAGCAUGAAUUGCUUCGUGUGCUUUAUCCUGUUUUUAUACAUUCGUUCAUGGAUAUGGUGGCAAAAGGACAUCUGCAAGAGGCUAGAACUUUCUUCAAUACCUUUCGUGAAGACCAUGAAUUGAUGCACUCACGAGACCUUCAAAAGUUGGAAGGGGUUCUUUCUCAGUCUCAUUUGGAGGAGAUGGAAUUUUCUCGUUCUCUUAGGCAGAGUAAAGUUAACAUCAAGAUAUGUCAGUAUUCCUAUGAUCUUCUGUUGCAAUAUUUGCAUAAAACACAAUCCACUGCAAUGCUUGGGGUCAUCAAUGAACACAUCAACUUCCAAGUUUCUUCUGGACAGCCCAGUUCCACUUCUGAUGAUGCAGAGGUUGUAACACUUAUUGGAAGCUGCCAGGACGCAGCUAAUCAGAUAAACCAGAAAGAAAUACAUUGGGGAUUGCUUGAAGACUCCCUAGAAGAACGCUUGGAGAAAGCAGGAGGUUUGCUUUCUGAUUCUGAAAAGACAGAAGAAGAGAACAAAGAGGGGGAUGUAGAUGAGACUAAGAAAAGAUCAGUUGAAAGUGGAAAGCAAGGUGCUUCAACGAAAAAGUUGAAAAAGGAGAAAUCUCUUAAUGCAACAGCAAAAAGUGCUCGUCCUGAGGCUAGCACAACUCCUGCUGCACCACGAGUCAAAUCAAAGCUCCCUUUGCCCUUAAUGUCAACAGAAGUAGAGCAGUCUAUUCUUGAGGAUUUAAGAAAUCGUGUACAAUUGAGCAGUGUUUUAUUGCCAUCUGUCAGCUUUUAUACUUUCCUAAACGCACAUAAUGGUUUGAAUUGUUCAUCAAUAUCCCAGGAUGGAUCUUUGGUUGCUGGAGGUUUCUCAGACUCAUCACUGAAGGUUUGGGAUAUGGCAAAACUGGGCCAACAAGGUGGCAGUUCUAUUUUGCAGGCUGAAAAUGAUUCUAUUUCAAGUGAACAUGUUGUGGGGCCAAAUGGUGGGAAAAGGUCAUAUACAUUGUUUCAAGGUCAUUCAGGACCAGUUCAUUCUGCCACCUUUAGUCCUCUUGGUGAUUUUAUUCUUUCUUCUUCAGCAGAUACCACAAUUCGCUUAUGGAGCACAAAACUAAAUGCAAAUCUUGUUUGCUACAAGGGUCAUAAUUAUCCUGUCUGGGAUGUUCAGGUACAUCUGAUCUUCCAUGGGUGUUUGACAAUAAAUACCACUUCUGAAGUUCUCCACUCCCUUUCAUUCUUUAGAACAAGACAUUUUUUCCUUUUUGUUUUUACCUCUAAUAUGUUUGAUGUCCUUGCCUCCCUGCAGUUUAGUCCUGCGGGUCACUAUUUUGCCAGUGCUUCUCAUGAUCGAACGGCAAGGAUAUGGUCGAUGGACAGAAUACAACCUUUGAGAAUAAUGGCAGGGCACUUGUCUGAUGUUGAUUGUGUGCAAUGGCAUGCAAACUGCAACUAUAUUGCCACUGGCUCUAGUGACAAAACAGUCAGGUUGUGGGAUGUACAAAAUGGAGAAUGCGUUCGAAUUUUCAUUGGUCAUAGAAGUAUGAUAUUGUCAUUAGCGAUUUCGCCUGAUGGUCGAUAUGUGGCAUCUGGUGAUGAAGAUGGCAUGAUCAUGAUGUGGGACAUUUCAAGCGGAAGGUGCAUUACACCUUUGAUGGGUCACACCUCGUGUGUGUGGACACUAGCUUUCAGUUGCGAAGGUUCACUUCUGGCAUCUGGAUCUGCUGAUUGCACUGUAAAAUUGUGGGAUGUAACAACAAGCGCAAAGGUCCCCAGGAAUGAAGAAAAGAGUGGGAAUACAAACAGGCUGAGAUUGUUGAAAACCCUUGCAACCAAGUCCACUCCGGUGUAUAGUUUGCAGUUUUCUAGAAGGAAUCUGCUAUUUGCUGCUGGGGCGCUGUCAAAGAACAUGUAAAAAAAUCAAACACUCCCAUGAUCUCUCAAUCAAAUUUGAUGUUGUGGGCUUGUGGCGCAGUUAGGACAGUCUACCUUCUCUGUACUUGCACAGUAACAAUAUGGUCUGCUAUUAAGGUUUUU